AUGAGUCAACGCUUUAGUGUAUUCGAACAUCUUCGAAAAAUCGGUGGACAUCAGCGUAGUUCGAGAGCCUAUGGAUGGGCUCGAGCCAUUUCGUGUACUAUCACAAAGAAGUGCGUUUUGCAGAUAAUUAAGGAAUUAAGCAUGGAGUGCUGUUUAUCAGAAGAAGCAAAGGAGCAGAAGCGCAUCAACCAAGAAAUUGAACGUCAACUGCGACGCGAUAAGCGCGAUGCCAGACGUGAGCUGAAGCUGUUGUUGCUGGGAACUGGUGAGUCGGGAAAGUCAACAUUCAUCAAACAGAUGCGCAUCAUCCACGGAAGUGGCUAUUCAGAUGAAGACAAACGUGGCUUUAUCAAAUUGGUGUACCAAAAUAUUUUUAUGGCAAUGCAAUCGAUGAUUCGUGCAAUGGAUCUGUUAAAAAUUCAAUAUAGUGAUUCAAGAAACUCGGAGAACGCCAAGCUGAUAAAGAGUGUGGACUUUGAAACAGUGACGACAUUCGAAGAGCCGUACGUGAAUGCAAUUAAAGAGCUCUGGGCAGAUGCCGGCAUCUCAGAGUGUUACGAUCGUAGAAGAGAGUAUCAAUUAACAGAUUCAGCCAAAUACUAUUUAAUGGAGAUUGAUCGUGUUGCGGCCAUAAACUAUCUGCCAACAGAGCAAGACAUCCUUCGCGUUCGUGUUCCGACAACGGGCAUCAUUGAAUAUCCAUUCGAUUUGGAAGAAAUUCGGUUUAGUUUCACACAAAAGUCGAACGACUUUGUCUUUAACUUGUUAAGCAUUUCAUUGCAUGAUAAUAAUUUAAUUGAGGGUCGUUUUGUAAUUGUCGUCGAAAAGACUCAAGGGAAUUCCCAGCCCUCAAGAGAUGACGUUGGCGAUGAUGGAGCUAUUUAUCUCAGCGAUUUGAAGCGCAUUGAAGAAUCGGACUACCUGCCAACGGAACAAGACAUUCUAAGAGCUCGUGCGCCAACCACAGGAAUUAUUGAAUAUCCGUUUGACUUGGAUAGCAUCAUAUUUAGAAUGGUAGAUGUCGGUGGACAGAGAUCUGAACGAAGGAAAUGGAUUCACUGUUUUGAGAAUGUGACAUCAAUUAUCUUCUUAGUUGCAUUAUCUGAGUACGAUCAAAUCCUGUUUGAAUCAGAAAAUGAAAAUCGUAUGGAGGAAUCAAAAGCUUUAUUUAAAACCAUCAUCACCUAUCCUUGGUUCCAACACUCGUCGGUUAUUCUGUUUUUAAAUAAGAAAGAUUUGCUGGAAGAGAAAAUCAUGUAUUCACAUUUGGUGGACUAUUUUCCCGAAUACGAUGGACCACAGCGAGAUGCCAUAGCAGCUAGAGAAUUUAUCUUACGAAUGUUUGUAGAUUUGAAUCCCGAUUCAGAGAAAAUUAUUUAUUCCCAUUUUACAUGCGCCACAGAUACGGAAAACAUUAGAUUUGUAUUUGCCGCAGUGAAGGACACAAUUUUACAAUCAAAUCUAAAAGAAUACAAUUUAGUUUGAACAACAAUCAUCUUUGUUGUGACAAAUUCAUCGGCAAACAAUCAUCUCCUUCUGUAAUCACAAUAGCAGUAAUUCGUACAACUUUUUCUUCUGAUUUUACUUUUCCACUGUUUUUCCUCUUAAAUGAAAGAAAACAGAGAAAAUAAAAAGAUUUCAUCGAGCGCAAGCAACAAGAAUGAGUCGAAAAAAAAAUGUUAAGAAAAAAAAGCUUCGUCAAGGCAACAACAACAUAAUACAGCAUAAUUAAAAGAAAGUUUAAUAAUAUUUACCUUGUAAUUAUUCUGUAAUUUCUUUGGAAAAGUGAAGCAAAAAGGUGAUGAUUUAAUUGUCGCUUUAUUUAACAUUCAGAAAAAGAAAAAUUUUCAUCUUUUAUUUCUUUGAUUCUUUAAUUAAACAUUUUAAAAAUUGUAUUCUAAUGUAAGAGAAUCGAAGCUUUUUUCAUUUGAAAGCUGGAAAAAAGAAUUUUUCACUUAACUUGACCCAAUUCUCGGUUUUACACUUUUUUUUGUUACAACUUACAAUUAAAACAGAUAAGAAAAUUUACUUCAAGUAACUUGUUAGUAAGAGAAAAGCAAAUGAAAGAAAAAUCUUCAAAUAGUUUUUCUUUCCUCAUACCGUACAUCCAGCAUCGUGCAUCAAUAAAACUUUAACAUUAAAUUCCCAUGAAAAACAAAUGAAAAGCAUAAUAUCGUGGCUUAUAAAUAAUUGUGAAAGCUUAGCAGAUUAAUAAUUUCCUAUAUCGUUGACUAUCCAUUUUCCCCCAUUUUUUUAUAGGUUUGUAAAGUUUAUUUUAUUUUUUAACUUUAAUUAAAAAUAUUUUGUGAAGAAGAAGGAAACUUCGUCAAACUUGCCAUUUCUUUUUUUUUGACUUUUUGAUGUAAUGAUUAUGAUUACGCAAUAAGGAUUUAUUAAAAAAAUUAAUAUAAAUAUGUUAAGAGAUUAAUUAUAUUUUUUAUGUAUGCAUGUGACCAUUCAGUCGUCGACUACUUUAUGCCACAAAACAAUCUCGAGAGACGAAUCAUUCUGUUUAAGAUUAUUUGUUGCUAAUAAACAUUUUAUUUUUGGUUUUUUAAUAAUUUUUUUUUGUAAUUUGUAUCUCAUGCAUUCUCAAAAGCCUGACCGGAAAUUGAAGAAAUAAUUAAAUUUUUUUCAGUCAUGAGAAGAAGAGUUGUCGGAUAUUUAGCUAGAAAGUUUAGUCAGCAGUUUCUUCUUAUUGUAGAGUUGUGAACAAAGAACGAGAGAAAUAAAAAAAAAUGUUUCCCGUUAACAUAAAUAAUCUAAUCUCGGGACGUACAAAUGCUAUCAUUCUAGUCGAAGAAAAGUUUGUCAAACUGUUGAAAGAUGAUGAAAAACUUUAAGCAACUCACGAAGUUUUUAAUUUAAAUCGUGCUGUUUGAAAUGCUGGAUAUUUCUUCGCUUAGAAAAACUUCAAGAAACAAAAAAAAAUGGAAAAUUAAUAAAGCUUCGCUGUGUGUUCGUGGCAUAAAAGAAAAAUUUUCAAAGAUGAUCUUUAAAGCAAACAUUUUUUUUUAUUUUGUUACGCUAAUAAUUUGGGUUGUUCAUUAGACGAAAUUAUUUACACAUAAUUAAUGUAUAAUUAAUUCCAGUUGUAAGCUUCACUUUGCAAAGAUUUCUUGUUUAACUUUAAGUUCACAACAUCGUGUGCCAAAAAAAAGAGAUGAGAACGAAGAAAGAAAUCCGAUUAAGAAAUGAAUUGGAGACAAAGAAGAAACGUUUAAUCAAGGCAUGAUUAAUGUUGUUUUUUUUAAUUUAACUAAAUUUAUGAGUCAUUCAUUAAAUUCUUUCAUAAUUUUUAAGACUUCAUUUUUUAAUUGCUUUCAAGCAUAAAUUUAAAGAGAAAAAAAAAUAGUUUCAGGCUUUUGAACUGGUCGAAGAUCAAACGAAAAAGUUUUUAAUUCGUAAAGAUUUCCCAGUACCGGAAGUAGCCUCUGGAAUUAAAUGAGAGUAAAGUUAAAUCGUCCAUUUUAAGAAAAAAAAAUGCUGCAAACUUUUAUAUUAUAUUCUAUUCACUUUAAUUAAAAUUCUGAGCGGUUUACCGGCUCGUCUUGUAUUCUUAUGAACGUUUUAAGACGAUCCAGAAGACCGUCUCAAAGAUUUCUACAAAAAGAAAGAAAGCAAAAACAUAAAGUUUGAGACAGAUCAAAGGAAUUUCUUUUUUAUCGUCAGGUGAUUUUACAAAUGAUAAUCGGGAUCUUAAUCGAUUCAUUUGAUCGUUUGAGGAUCACACUGCGCUUUCACAUUCAUUUGAAAAAUAUCAAGCGGGUCUAAAAUUAAAAUGAAAAAAAAAACUUUUCUAAUAAAACGAGAAAAAUCACUUAAAACUUAAAAAAAUUAUGUGUCAAAAGAGAAAAACCAGAAACCUUAACUUAUUGAGCAGAAAGAAAAGAAACAUUAGGUGAACAUAAACGCAUUUCUUCUUUAAAAAAAAGUUUAACGCAAUGAAAAGCGGAGAAAAGUUAUCGCUGAGAUGAAAAAUCUGUAACAUCAAGUUGUGAUCAUCGCUAAACUUGACGAAACAGAAAGUAUAAAAUAUCCCCGUGUUUCAGUCGCCCACGAGACACUCGGACAUUUUAAGAGCCUUGAUCUUCUUGUGAAAACUUGCCACCGCUUGCAUACGACACUUAAGAAAAAUCCAUUUGAAAAGUAUUUCUUAAGAAUGAAUAAAUUGCAUAAUGAAAAUAUAAAAAAUGAAUGGAAAUAAAAAGUUUCCGAGAAAUUGAGAACCGUUUUUGCAUUUAAGUGUAUUUUAUAAAUAAAUGCGAAUGAUAACAUAACAACAUCUAAAAAAAUCUUUAAGAUAUGAAAAAAGAGAUUAAAAGAAAUUUUUGAAAAGAUUAGAAAAUAUUUCUUAGAAAAGAAGAUGAAGAAAAGUUUUAAUUAAAAGCUUCAUAUUGCAUGAGAAUCUCGCUGAUAAUUCUUGUGAUGAUUUCAAAGUUUAACUUUUAAUUGCAUUCGCUACUUUCAAACAUCAACAACUUCAGUCUUUGCGCUUUCGAAAGAGCCAAUUGGAAGCGUAAACGAUGGCGAAAUGCUUUGAACAACGCCGUCUGGUUCCAACUUCAAAUGUGCGUUGAAAACAAAAGAAAAAGAAAGAAAAACACAAACUGAGAAAUCUUCACGAGAAUUUUCACCGCUUUCUUUUUAUUUCGCAUCUGUUCAUCAGAAGGAUCGGUACUCAUACCCGUCAACUGACUCAUAAGUAACUUUAGUCAAACUCCUAAUACGAAAAAAAUAAAUGAAAAAAUAGGUUUUACUUACCAUAACGCGAGACAUGUGCGAACAUGGGCUAAGCAUUCAUGAUGAACAAUUCUUUUUUUUAUUAAAUGUGUAUAAAGGAACCAUGCAUUAUUGAGAAGAUAAAGAAAAAAAUAAUAAAAACUUUUUACCAAUUUUAGUCCCUUUGUGUGUAAAAAUAAUGAGCAAAUUUUUCUCCCCCGGAAAAACAAGAAUUACAAAGUAAAAAAAAAAGAAUAAAAAAAGUAAGAAAAAAACUGAUUUUUUUAUUCAAUGAUGAAGAAGAAAAAUCGUCGAUUCCAGUCAUGCUAACAAAUUUAUUCUUAAUUUAUAUAUAAAUACAAAUAUAUCUAAAAAGAAACAGAAUUAGAAAUAACAUGCAAUGAACGAUUUUGCGGUGAAUUUUUUGUCUUUAAGUCAUCGCAAAUUUGUUCUCUGAUUAAUAAUCAGUGAUUAUGCAAAUGAAGAAGAAAAAAAAAACUUUUUGAUCGUCGUUUAUAAUCUAAAAAAUAAAAAAAAAGAUAAUGAUAAAGCAAAGAUGAAGAUGAUGAGAAUAUUUGUAAUUUUUGCAGUUAAAUAAGAUUAAAAGCAUUGAAACAACCGCAUUGCAAAAUCAAAUUGAAAUUGCAGGAUGAAGUGAAUGGGAAGCAGAAAAAGGAAGAAGUAAAUUAAGUACUACUAUUAAUAAUGAUGAGAAAAUGAUGAAGAAAAUAUGAUAAAGUAAAAUAUGAACUAAAAAAAAUAAUUAAGUAUAAUUAUACUAUAAUGAUUGUCUAAAAACAAGUGAAAGAAGAAGAAAAAGAAACAACACAGAAAAGUUAUUAUUUAAAACAAAAAACCAAUGGCUGGAAUUAUAAAAAUACAAUAGAAAAAUUAAAUAAAAAAAAUUAAAAA